CAUCAAACCACGAAUCACAUUAUAAUAAACACAGAUAAUAAACAGAGAGAGACAGAUGACAAAAAAACAAAUGUUUACUUAACUAUUAACAAUAAUCAUCUCUUGAUCAAAGCCUCAAGUUUCAGGUUUUUUGCGUCCAAGUAUUGGGAUUUCAGCUUCAGAUCGAAUUAGAGGGAUGUUUGAUGUUUUGCUUGUUUGUAAAGAUGUUGUCCUUACCUUUCAUUGGAUCAAGUACUAGUUUUGAUGUUGUGCUGGAUAUAGGAGAUAUUGAGGCUUAAGUUUAAGUAUCAUUGAUUUGUGUAAGAGUGAUUUUUUGGUGGAGAGUGGUGUAAGGAUUAUAUAUUAUAUGGUGUUUUUAGUUUUGAGAACAAAAUGUACAGCAAUUUUAUGGAGCAUGGUAUAGAGUACGCAAAACGGGCAGUUAAGGAGGACGAUACUGGAAACUAUAGUAAAGCUUUUCAGCUUUAUAUGAAUGCGUUGGAGUACUUUCAAGCACAAUUGAAGUAUGAGAAGAAUCAACAGAUUGAGAAAACAAUUAGGGAAAGAUGUUUGGGAUAUCUAAAGAGGGCGGAGGAGAUUCGAGCUGUUCUUGAUAAUGGUGGGAGUGUGCCUGCCUCAAAUGGUGAUGCAUCGGUUGCUGCCCAGCCAAAGACUAGUCCAAAACCAAAGGAUGGAGGUGGGAAGGACAAGGGGGAUCCUGAGAAAGCGAAGCUUAAGGCAGGGCUUGAUUCUGUUAUCAUCAGGGAGAAGCCAAAUGUGAAAUGGAGUGAUGUGGCAGGUCUUGAGAAUGCCAAACUGGCGUUGCAAGAGGCUGUCAUAUUGCCUGUUAAGUUCCCACAGUUUUUCACUGGGAAGAGAAAACCAUGGAGGGCUUUUUUGUUAUAUGGUCCACCUGGAACAGGAAAGUCAUACUUGGCAAAGGCUGUUGCAACAGAAGCUGACUCAACUUUCUUCAGUGUCUCUUCCUCGGACCUGGUUUCCAAAUGGAUGGGUGAAAGUGAGAAGCUAGUUUCAAAUCUUUUCCAAAUGGCUCGUGAUAGUGCACCUUCCAUCAUUUUCGUUGACGAAAUAGAUUCACUGUGUGGCCAAAGGGGUGAAGGUAAUGAGAGUGAAGCAUCUCGGCGCAUCAAAACAGAACUUCUUGUACAGAUGCAGGGUGUAGGGAGUGAUGAUCACAAAGUUCUUGUUCUUGCAGCCACAAAUACUCCCUAUGCACUGGAUCAGGCUAUCCGACGGCGUUUUGACAAGAGAAUAUACAUUCCUCUCCCAGAUUUGAAGGCAAGGCAACACAUGUUUAAGGUGCAUCUUGGUGAUACUCCUCACAAUUUAACUGAAAGUGAUUUUGAGAAGUUGGCUCAAAAAACAGAAGGAUUUUCCGGUUCAGAUAUUUCAGUUUGUGUCAAAGAUGUACUCUUUGAACCUGUUCGUAAAAUCCAGGAUGCUGAAUAUUUCAUGAAGUGCUCUGAUGGCAUGUGGGUUCCUUGUGAACCAACACAACGAGGAGCUGUCAAGACCACAUUACAAGAACUUGAUGCACAAGACCUUGCUUCAAAGGUCCUUCUGCCACCCAUUACAAGAGCAGAUUUUGAUAAAGUGCUUGCACGGCAGAAGCCAACAGUUAGUAAAGCUGAUCUCGAGGUGCAUGAGAGAUUCACGAAGGAGUUUGGAGAGGAGGGCUGAUGACCUUAAUUAAGUGGAAGCAAGUCUUUGAUUAAUCGAUAAACACAUGUUAUACAUAGUGCAAAUUACCCAUCUCUGGUGGCUCAUGUUGGGAAAACCAUGUCCCUUGUAGGCUUAUGAAGUCUGGUGUUUCCUUUCUGCUCUCCCCAAUUAGUUGGGCAAUAUUUUGAAAAAGAAAAAAUGGGGCUACGAGGCGAACCAGACAGAAUGACAGAUCAAUGUAUGCAAUGGUAGAUGGUAAAUGUAUAUACAAUAUUGGCAUUAUUUGCUAUCCUCAUCCCUUGAUUUCAUGCAUGUGUGUAAGUGCCUGUUUGGGAACAUGCGCGAUUUGGAAAUACAAGUUGCUUUGCAGUUA